AUGGGCAUGGAUAAAUUGAUCGACGCUCAACAUGAACUUCACGUGCGUAUAUUACGUAGUGUCGACAAUUUACGAAAAAUCGGGGCGGCCAAGCUGAACGUGGACACCAUCCAAGCUGCGAUCCGCCUCCUGGACGACAAGUGGACCAGAUUUCAGGAGCUGCACGCGGAGCUCCGCGACAAAUACUGGAAGGAGAUAAAGGAAGAUGAGUACACCUCCGACGACCUUCCAAGCAAGGUCGAAACGGCGUAUUACACGCAACGCUCCGAACUUGCCGAGAUGGAGGAAAGGCUUUCCACGCCGUCGGAAGCUGACACCUCCGAGAAGGCUCGAGGAAGCGCGCCGUCCCGCAGGACCCUGCCACGCAUCAAUCUGCCUCAAUUCAGUGGCAAGUUCGAGGAUUGGCCAAGCUUCCGGGACCUGUUCCGCUCCAUCAUCCUCGGGGAUCCAUCCUUGACUAAGAUCGAGCAGCUGCACUAUCUCAGGACGAGUGUCAAGGGCGACGCGGAGCAGCUCAUUCGGAACUUGCCCUCCACGGAAGACAACCUGGAACAGGCAUGGGACAUGCUGACGACAUAUUUCGAGAACAAGCGCCUCCUCGUGCGUUCCUACCUGACGGCCUUCACAUCGCUGCCGAGGAUGAAGGCUCCCUCGCCCGACGGCAUCCGUCGAAUCUUCCACGGCGUGCUCAUCACAGUGGGCGCUCUGAAGGGCAUCGGGCGUCCGAUAAGCGACUGCACCGACCUUUUUGUGCACCUGGUCGUCGAACUGCUGGACGCCGAAACUCAACGCGAGUGGGAGAGUUCGCUCGGCAAGUCUGCCGAGCCGCCGUCGUACGACACGCUCCGGGAGUUCCUGCAAGAGCAGCUGAUGACCUUGGAGGUCCUCCAGUCCACCAGGCCCGGACCAUCUGGCAAGCCCUUGGAGAAAUCCAACCGCGCCGCUCGCACAAGCCACGUGGGGAGCAAGGGAUCAGACCCGAGCCGCAGCUGUCCGCUCUGCAAGAAGGAUCACUUUAUCGCGUACUGUGAGCUGUACAAGAGAAAAACAGUGGCUGAAAAAAAGGAGGCAAUCAAUGCUCACCAACGGUGCUGGAACUGCCUGGGUCGGCAUCUCCUUGCUGAUUGCACGUCCUCCAAGGUGUGCAUGAAGUGCUCUAGCAAGCACCAUUCCUCUCUUCACGACACCUUCACCGUUGUGGCUCUGCCUGCUGCCGGACCAUCUUCCGCGGUGACGACCCACGUGGCCAGGCGACCGCCGGUGGAAUGCCGAUCAGCGCUUCUGGCAACCGCGCGCGUGCUGGUGGCUGAUCGCGCGGGCACUCGCCACGACGUCCGCGCCCUGAUUGACCCGGGUUCGGAGACAUCACUGAUCGCGGAAUCUCUGGCACAACGCCUUUGCCUGCCGCGGACUCCCUCCUCAGUGGCCAUCUUCGGAGUAGGUGGCAUCCAGUCAGGCGUCUCUCGAGGGCGAACAGCGGUCACCAUCUUCUCGCGCGACGGGCACUUCGCGCUCGCCGCUUCGCCUCUCGUGCUGCCGCGCCUAACCGUGUACGGCGGCAUUCCUGAGGGAGAAGCACGCUCAUGGCCGCACCUUGAGGACCUCGACCUCGCUGAUCCUGAAUUCCACCGCCAGGAUCCCGUGGAACUACUGCUCGGUGCGGAUGUGUACCUGGAUCUCGCCAUGCCGAAAGGUCUUCGUAGAGGAGGGCCGCAGGAGCCAGGAGCGCUGCUGACGCGCUUCGGAUGGGUGCUGUUGGGCGCCAUUGGGACCUGCCACAUCACGAAUCCCGUGUCGUCGUUGCAGUGUACCACAGUGGAGGACCUUGCCGAGCUGGUGCGUCGUUUUUGGGAAACGGAGGAGCCUCCCCGUGCCGUCCUUCCGCUGACCGCUGACGAGCAGGAGUGCGAGGACCACUUCUUGCGCACCCAUCGACGACUAUCAGACGGCCGCUAUCAGGUGCGACUCCCGCUGCGAUCGAGGUUGCCGGACUUAAGCCCCACCCGUCGCGCCGCAUCACGUCUCCUCGACGUCAUGAGGCGUCGCUUCGACCGCGACACCAACUUCGGAGUGCUGUACCGCGACUUCAUGCGCGAGUACAUCACCCUCGGGCAUAUGACGCUCGCUGCCUCCACUGUGGCUUCACCAGGUGACCGGAUCAAUUUCUUGCCACAUCAUGGGGUGCUGCGGACUUCGGCUGCCGGUUCCAAGAUCCGCGUCGUUUUCAACGGAUCAGCUCGCACGGGCGCCGAGGCGUCUCUCAACGGUGUGCUGCACUCUGGACCUAACUUGCUGCCGUCUCUCGCUGAUGUCUUGACUCGAUGGCGGCGGCACCGGUACGUCUUCAUGGCCGACGUUCAAAUGAUGUACCGGCAAAUUCAGCUUCAUCCGGACGAUCGAGACCUACAACGGAUCCUGUGGGCAGAGAACAACGGGGUCAGCGAGUACCGGCUAAAUACGGUCACGUAUGGCUUGGCGAGCGCACCAUAUUUCGCCAUACGAGUGCUGCGGCAGCUUGCGUCAGACGAAGCCAACCGUUUCCCGCUCGGUGCCGACGUCCUGCAGCACGACGUGUAUGUGGACGACAUACUCACCGGAGCUGCUGACCUGGACUCUGCUCGUUGCCUCCUGGGACAAGUGACCUCGCUCUGCAUGGCGGGCGGCUUUCCGCUGAGGAAGUGGGCCUCUAACGACAACCGCCUCCUGGAGUUCAUCCCUGUCGAGCAUCAACUAGGCACGACGGCCGGCGCGAGGUUACCUGCAGACGAGCAUUUGCGGACCGUGCUGGCGCAGACCGCUCGCCUGUUCGACCCGCUGGGCUGGCUAGCACCAAUCCUCGUGCGUGCAAAGUUGCUGAUCCAGUCGGCGUGGCUGCAGCAGCUCGAGUGGGACGCACCGCUAUCACGCGAGGACACCGCCGCAUGGACAGCCCUCGAGGAGGAAUUGCCGGUACUGGAGAAGAUCAGACUGCCACGUUGGCUGCACAGCAACGCUCCAAGCAGCCCCAUGGAGCUCCACGGCUUCUCGGAUGCCUCCGAACGGGCUUACGCUGCUGUGGUCUACAGCAGGGUGGAGGAUGGCGGACUGCCCCGCAUCAACCUGGUGGUCGCCAAGAGCAGGGUGGCCCCGUUGAAGCGUGUAUCGCUGCCGAGACUAGAGCUCUGCGGAGCAGCUCUGCUGUCAAAGCUAGCAGAGCAUAUGCGGCUCUCCUUGGAUCUGGAGAAGUCGGCGGUCACCCUCUGGACGGAUUCUGCGGUGACACUUGGCUGGAUACGUGGACACCCUGCAAAGUGGAAUACGUACGUAGCCAACCGCGUCGCUGAAAUUCACCGCGACAACCAGGAUGCGAGAUGGCAGCACGUACCUGGCAAGGAGAACCCUGCAGACUGUGCCUCCCGAGGGGUGUCACCGAAGGAGCUCCUGGAACAUCAUCUGUGGUGGCGAGGGCCGGAAUAUCUCCGUCAUCACGCGGACUCUUGGCCGAAGGACGUCGGACUCUUGGAAACGGCCGACUUACCGGAGCAGCGACCGUUCCGAUGCCAUGCAGCCGCCGAGGAACGAGAAGCUGAGGAGCUCUGCCGCUUUUCCUGCCUUCGUCGCCUGCUUCGCGUGUCCGCCUGGAUCUGGCGCUGGAGGGCACGAGGGCGUCACUCAGCAGACAGCGAAGCUGUGUCGGCCUCCUUGGAACCUGAGGAGUUGGAGGCCGCUUUAUCUAAAUGGAUCCAGGUAGCUCAGGAGUCGAGCUACCAUGCCGAGCUGCAGUACGUCCGUGCUGGAAAGACGCUGCCUGCCCGGAGCUCACUCCGCAAGCUGGUUCCCAUGUUGGACGACGAGGGCACCCUGCGAGUCAGCGGGCGUCUAAAACACGCAAUUUUGGACGCCGAUCAACGUCAUCCUGCCAUCCUACCGCCGCAGUCUCACCUGACGCACCUGGUGGUUGACGCCGCCCACAGGCGAACACUUCACGGCGGAGUCCAGGCCACCUUGGCUCAUAUCAGGCAGCGUUUUUGA